GGGCCCAGCGGCGCCGCCUUCUUCCCCAACACUGCUUCCUUCCACGGCAGUAUAAAGCACCCGCGCCUCCUCACGUUCCAGGUCAAUCCACAAAUCCAACCAAGAAGUAGAAGACAAGAAGCGCUCGGUGACUUCGUUUCGUGUGGGAGGAGGAGGAGAAGAGCAAGGCGAUGAGCUUGAGGUACAUGAGCCGUGUGGGCGCGCGGGCGGCGCAGGCGGUGCGGGAGAGCACCGGCAGGUCCGUCAAGGACAAGGCGCAGUCGGCCUCGUCGUCGUCGGCGUCGAUGGCGCGGAGCAGCAGGGCGGCCGGGUCGUCGGUGGACUCGGGUAGCGUGAGCGCCGCGGCGGCGGCGAGGAGGAAGGCGGAGGAGGAGAAGCGGCGCCGGGCCGAGCAGGCGCUGCGCACCGUCAUGUUCCUCUCCGUCUGGGGGCCCAACACCUAGAAUUAGCAGAGCGUCUCUCUCUGCGUGUGAUACUAGUUUCUCUGCGUCUCUCUGCGCGUGCACACCUAGCGUUGUGCACGUUUGUGUUUGAGUUGAAGGAAAAAAAUUGUAAAUGAUCUAAUAUAUGGACACAUCGAUACUUUGAUUCUUGGAAAAG